UAGAGCGCUCCCGGGACCCUGAGAUUCUAGUGCAGUUCCCAGGAGAUCUGAACGCGCCUGCCGAGCUAAGCUUGCGACAUGUAUCAAACUAUGGAAAUCUAUAUGGGCAAGAAGAAGAAAGUACAAAACCGGUUCCUGCCAAACACCUAUAGAAUAUUUAAUGAAAACUUACUGGACGUGAGUUUGGAUGAAGCUCAGGUGAGCCGUCCACCUGCAUCCACAAAGUUUGAAAAAGUUUGUCAACACCCAAGAUCACCAGACCGCAAUAACAUGCCUCAUCCAAACUAUGCCAGAUUUCUAGAAGACAAUGUGAGAUUUCUGAGGGAGCCGAUUUGUCACAUGGAGACAGCAUACAGCAGGCAUAAACAGAUGGAUUGGUGGCCGAAUAAUGAGGAGAAUUUGAGUCUUCACAAACCAUCAUAUGACAGGACGACUACCCAGAGAAACGAUUACCGGAAGUUGGUCUAUACCUGUAGUCCCCAAACACGACAUGGCUGUAAUCCACACAAGUUUCCCUUGCGUGGAAUAGCCCCCCUUGCCUCUCCCAGAACCAAAAUACGUUUACCAAAACUGUUACAGGAAGAAAUCUCAUAUGUACACAAAUAUGACUCAAGAUCAACUCCGAAUGAGCCCAUUAGGGGAAAGCGUCAUGGAGCCUUUGUGUGGAAAGAGAUAAAAACAGCCAAUGGGCCAGUAGUUCCUCAGGGAACUAAGCUGUUCCUGAAUGCUACAGGGUCACAUUCACUAGAAAAGUCACAAACAGGGAAAGGAAGUUCAGUGGAAAGUAGAAUGACCUCACCCAGUCUCCGCAUGCACAGUUCCCAGCAGAUGUUUAACUCUGAAGCUCGCUUAUCAAAAACAGACGUCAGAGAAGCAGCCAAGACCUAUCCCAAAAUGACAGCCAGAGAGUACAGCGUAUCAGGCGACUCUCAGGCGACCAUAGGCAAGAGCCUUGUUCAUAUUGGCGAUCUGAUAUCUAGCCAGCCACGUGAGAGCCCACUGAGAUGAUUCCACUAGCACCAGAUGCUACAUUAUGUAUUGAGCCUUCCGUCUGCCCAAAAACUGGAAACUGGAUCAGUUUCAAUUCCAUGAAAACAAGCACCAGUUGAUACAGAACAUCUAAUGCAGCUUUCAGUUUAACACAGGAUUCUUCUGUGUUGUCUUCCUAUGUGCAACUUUAUUCUCUAUACUGCAUCUUUAGUUAAGAUUAUUUUCUGAUUUGGUAAAAAUAACAAAAUAAUCUGUAAAUCAACUGAAUAUUAUUUUGUUCUUUCAUACUAACAGUCUUUGUCUUUAUUGCUGUGUGUUUAUAAUAAAACUUGUGCCAUGAUAUACUUACAGGAGGAGAUUGUUUUUAUAUCUCUUUAUUGAGAUAACAAAACAAUGCCACAAUAAAGAAGAAUAUCAUAAUAA